AUGCCGACAGGGUCCUCGGCUGGCCGGCGGGACCUGCUCAAGCAGGGCAAGCAGAUAACGACAGUGAAGGUGUACCUGGUCAACACGGGUCAGUUCCUGACCUACUUCACGGAGACUCCGCCUGAGACCUCCACCGUGCCCCAGCAUGGACUCGUCUCCGUCUCGCGGGCCCUGAAAUCCGCCGCGGGGCAGAUCUCAACCACGGUGGUGCUGCACCAGAUACAGGUCAAAGACCAGAAGGAGAAACGCACUGUUUCAGCGCCGGUUCUGCGCAGGUGUCUGGAGGAGUGUCGCAGAUGGAUCCCGGAGCUUUUGCGCGACUCAUCGCGGAGGAGGCACGACGUGGUCCUGCGAUACCAGCUAUUCGGUUGCUUCGCGCUGUUGGUCGCUUCUCUGUACGGCCACAGAGCAGGCGUGGUCCGCAACAUGACAGCUGCUGAGGUACGAGAAGCCGAGGAUGGACACCGGCGCGACUCCUCCGGCUAUGUCAUUAACGUGAGACAACACAAGACGGCCAGGGCUUUCGGGAGCGCCCAGCUCUUCCUGACGCCGGAGGAGUUCGGAUGGCUAAAGAGCUGGAUGACCAUACGCAGCAAGCUGCGCCCCAGACCGACCUGGUGUUUUUCAACUGCAACGGAGGACCGGUACACAAGCUGA